AUUUCAAGAAAAAAGAAUAAAAUAUGACAAACUGACAGUGCAUCUGUCAUUUGGACUCCAUAAAUUCGGCAAUAUUUAUUAAGAUGCUGCGCCAGCCGCUUACAAGGGCGCUUGCGUUGAGCUCUCCCACCCGGGUAGCCCCGUUGGCAGCGCGACAGUAUGCUACCCAAGUACAGGCCCAACCAGAAAAGGUAGAAGUCUUUAUAGACGACAAACCAGUUUAUGUUCCACCUGGCACUACUGUUUUGCAGGCUGCAGCUAUGGUUGGAGUGGAAAUACCUCGGUUCUGUUAUCAUGAGAGAUUGGCGGUAGCAGGAAACUGUCGUAUGUGUUUAGUAGAGGUAGAGAAGUCGCCAAAACCAGUAGCUGCUUGUGCCAUGCCUGUCAUGAAGGGCAUGAGGGUAAAAACUACUUCUGAUCUUACCAAGAAGGCUAGAGAGGGUGUAAUGGAGUUCUUACUGGUAAAUCAUCCUUUAGAUUGCCCAAUAUGUGAUCAAGGUGGUGAAUGUGAUCUGCAAGAUCAAUCUAUGGCAUUUGGGUCGGAUAAGAGCCGAUUUACAGACAUCCAUUUCUCUGGAAAGAGGGCAGUGGAAGAUAAGGAUGUGGGUCCACUGAUCAAGACGAUAAUGACUCGUUGCAUUCACUGCACUCGCUGCAUUCGUUUUGCAUCUGAAGUGGCUGGUGUUGAUGAUUUUGGCACCACAGGGAGAGGAACUGAUAUGCAGGUGGGAACAUAUGUGGAAAAAAUGUUCCUCUCGGAGUUGUCCGGAAACAUCAUAGACUUGUGUCCCGUUGGUGCGUUGACGUCGAAACCUUACAGCUUCGCCGCUCGCCCUUGGGAGACAAGACGAAUUGACUCUGUAGAUGUGCUGGAUCCACUGGGUAGCAACAUUGUAGUCGCGACACGAACUAACGAAGUUUUACGUAUUUUGCCCAGGACUAACGAGGAGAUCAACGAGGAGUGGCUGUCGGACAAGUCGCGGUUCGCGUGCGACGGGCUCAAGCGGCAGCGGCUCGUGACGCCGAUGGUCGCCGACAGCCGCGGGAACCUCACGCCCGUCGAGUGGGAGGACGCCAUCGUCGCGGCCGCGCAGGCCAUCCGGGACUGCCCCCCGCAUAAGCUGGUGGGCGUGGCCGGCGAGCUCGCAGACGCCGAGUCGCUGGUGGCCCUCAAGGACCUGCUGAACCGGCUCGGCAGCGAGCACGUGUGCACUGAGAAGGCCUUCCCACUGGAGGGCGCCGGCACCGACCUGCGCUCUUCGUACCUUCUCAAUACUAAGAUUGCCAACGUAGAAGACGCAGACUUCGUGCUGCUAAUCGGUACAAACGUGCGCUUCGAAGCGCCGCUGCUGAACGCGCGCAUCCGCAAGGCGUUCGUGCACAAGGAGACCGACGUCGCGCUAGUGGGGCCCAAAGUCGAUCUCACUUAUGAGUACAUGCACAUCGGUGACUCUGCGUCCAUAGUCAAGGACCUAGCGGCUGGUUCGUCGAACCACGAGGUCCAGCGUCGUCUGGAAGCCGCCAAGCGGCCAGUGGUCAUACUCGGUGCUGACCAGCUCGCCGGGCCCGAGGGGGCCGCGCUGCUCGCGCACACGCAGGAGCUGGCGCUGCGCCUGCAGGACAAGCUCGACGAUAAGGACUGGAAGGUUCUGAACGUGCUCCAACGCACCGCGUCGCAAGUGGCGGCUCUGGACAUCGGCUACAAGCCCGGCGUCGGCUCGCUGCUCAAGGACGCACGUGUGGUCUUCCUGCUCGGAGCUGAUGCUGGCGUGGUCUCCAGGGACGUUUUGCCUAAGGACUGCGUGGUCAUCUAUCAGGGGCACCACGGCGACGCGGGCGCGGCGGGCGCGGACGUGGUGCUGCCGGGCGCCGCCUACACGGAGAAGCGCGGCACGUACGCCAACGCGGAGGGGCGCGCGCAGCAGACGCUGCCCGCCGUCACGCCGCCGGGGAAGGCGCGCGACGACUGGAAGAUCUUGCGUGCUUUGUCGGAAGUGUUAGGUUCACGGCUUCCAUACGAUAACCUGGAUGAGGUCCGCGACAGGCUAGCUCAGAUCAGCCCCGCGCUAGUUGCCUAUGGAGACGUGCAGGAAAACAACUACUUCGCUCAAGCACGUGCGCUUGCGCAGGAUCUCAAGAAACCAGUGUCAGGCAAGUUGGACGUGCAACUGAAGCAACUGGAGGACUUCUUCAUGACGGACGCCAUCAGCCGCGCCUCGCCCACCAUGGCCAAGUGCGUGCAAGCCGUGAUCAAGCAGAAGAGCUCGCCGUAUUAAGACAAAUAACACUGAAAUACCUUUGAUGUAUUACAACCUCAUUUCUCUGGCGCCUUUGUCGACUUGGAGCGGUGGGACAGAGAUAGCUUUGUCUCGGAAAUGAGGUUUUACUAGUGAAACUUAAUCGCAUUUUCGCCGUGUAUUAUGGGAUAUUUUGAAGUGUUUUAAUAGUCGCUCGUGUUAUUCGAAAAAUAGAUUUCACUUAAAUGAAGUACAUAAAUAAUAUCAACCUCUUUACUCACAUUAUUCUAUAUCUACACUAGUUUUAAUAUAUUAAAGGUAUCGUGUUACAACAUCGCUAACGAGUUGUAGAGAAAUUAUAUGGUGUUAAUCUUCAUAUUUAAUCGUUGUGUAGAUUAAUUUCGCGUUUCUGCAAUCAUUUUUUUAUAAAGAAAUACUACAGAGAAGCUUAGACGUCGAAUGGGCAUUCCUUUCUUGAUAACAUUCGACUACAUGCAAUUUUGAACUUUAUCAAUUCACGUUAUGUUUUAAAAUCAAAUGUCGCUGAUCUAGAGUAAUAAAAAUGUACAUUUUUUUUAACUAGCCUUAGCUAUAUUGGUUUUAAACCAUAACAUUUUAUAUCAUUAUUUAUUUCGUAAUAAAAUUUAAGAGUACAGUGCAAAUUGUCUAAUCGUUAUGCAAAUCUUAGAAAUCGGAAUGUAAGGACAGCAACAGGAAUAUGUAUGUAAGAGCGGUUUUGUAAAUAUGCGUUUAGUAAAUAAAUGUAGUAUAACGAG